CGAAAGAGACUAAUAAUUUGAUUGCUUGACCAAGACAAUGCAAGGAACCAACCUUCCCUUUGGAACAUUCACCAAAGCUUCCGCCGUCCUUCGAUCUCUUCUUAAAAGCUCUCUCUUCCCAUUUCUUACAAUUCAUUCACACCAACCCGACAUACGAAUCCGGUUGGGACAAUAGCUAUGGGACUCUUCGGUGCAAUCGGGGUUGUGAUCUACUUAUCGGCGCUCUUGCAGCUGUCUCCGGGGGCGUCGGCUUAUUUCUUCCCUAAUGCAUCAGCAAUUCCGCCAUCGCUGCUCCCUAACUUCACGUCGGGCAGCCCGUGGGACGUGUUCCACAACUUCACUGGCUGCCAUGCGGGCGAGAAGCGGGACGGCCUCAACAAGCUCAAGAAAUACUUCCACUACUUCGGUUACAUUCCGGAUGGCUCCCCUAACAACUUAACCGACGACUUCGAUGAUUCGCUUGAGGCUGCGAUCAAGACCUACCAGAGGAACUUCAACCUCGACCCGACGGGGCAGCUCGACGAGGCGACCAUGAAGCAGAUUGUCAAGCCGCGGUGCGGGAACCCGGACAUAGUCAACGGGACUACGAGCAUGAGUUCUGGUAAGACGACGUCGAGCUUGUUCCACACGGUGGGGCACUACACGUUCUUCCCGGGGACCCCGCGGUGGCCCGAGGACAGGCGGGACCUGACCUACGCGUUCCUUCCGGGGAACAACCUCCCCGAAACUGCCAAGGCUGCGUUCACGCGUGCGUUCCAGCGGUGGGCCGAGGUCACUCCGCUGACGUUCACGGAGACGAGCUCCUACGGAGCAGCAGACAUAAGGAUCGGGUUCUUCAGCGGGGACCACGGGGACGGAGAGGCUUUUGACGGGGUGCUGGGGACGCUGGCGCACGCGUUCUCGCCGCCCAACGGGAUGUUCCACCUGGACCGGGACGAGAACUGGAUGGUGGAAGGGGACGUGACGCAGGCGUCGGUGAGCACGACGGUGGACCUGGAGUCCGUGGCGGUGCACGAGAUCGGCCACCUCCUGGGGCUGGGCCACUCCUCGGUGGAGGAGUCGAUCAUGUACCCGACCAUAUCGUCCCGGACAAGGAAGGUGGAUCUCGCCGCCGAUGACGUUCAGGGGAUCCAAAUCCUGUACGGGAGCAACCCGAAUUCCAACGGGUCGUCAACAUCGGAGUCCGCCACCCAGGAGAGAGAGUCCAGCGAUGGCGGGCCCCGCCUGCUUGGUUGGGCCGCCGCGGCCCUGUCGGCCGUUGGAUCCGGAUUCGUGUUGUUGUGAUCGCACGGCCGUAAGCUAGGUCAGGAAGGCUGGUCGAUUUUGUUUUUCUUCUUUUUAUUUAUUUUAUUUUUAGAAUAGGAUUGAAGUUGCCUGAGACAUGAGUUAGGUUUGCUUUCCCUAGCUCUUUAUGUUCGGGUCCCCAUAUCGGUAGGGGCGAUCGGACCUGGACAGGUCACAGCGACAAUACACCUUCCACGUACAUGCCUUAUGCAUAUUAUGAAUUUAUUAGAUACUGCUGUACAAAUAUUCUUUCCACAUAUUACAUCCUUAUACCUUCUACAACUUUAUUAUGUAUCAUUCAAUUGAUACGGUUUGUCAAAUUCGGGAUGGACCAUCCAAAUUUGUACA